CCCCGCUAGAUAAGGAUAAGCAAUACGGUGAGCGUGAGGGGUCGUGGAUCGAGAAUGGCGAGGGCGCACGCCGUGGUGGUGCCGUACCCGUGCUCCGGCAACAUCAACCCGGCGCUGCAGCUCGCCAAGCUGCUCCACCGCCACGGCGUCUACAUCACCUUCGUCAACACCGAGCACAACCACCGCCGCGUGCAGGACACCGAGGGCGCCGGCGCCGUGCGCGGCCGCGAGGGCUUCCGGUUCGAGGCCAUCCCGGACGGCCUCUCCGAUGCCGACCGCGGCAAGCAGGACUACGGGCUGAGCCUGCUCGUGUCCACGAACACAACCUGCGCGGCGCCGCUGAGGGACCUCAUCGCGCGGCUCAACGGCACGCCCGGGGUGCCGCCGGUGACGUGCGUGCUGCCCACGGGGCUGAUGACCUUCGCGCUGGGCGUGGCCCGGGACCUGGGCAUCCCGAGCAUGGUGUUCUGGUGCGCCAGCGCGGCCUCGCUGAUGGCGUACAUGUGGACGCCGGAGCUAAGGAAGAGAGGCUACGUGCCACUCAAAGAUGAGAGCUACCUGACGAACGGCUACCUGGACAAGACGAUCAUCGACUGGAUCCCAGGCGUGCCUCCCAUCAGCCUCGGCGACGUCUCGAGCUUCGUCCGCACCACCGACCCAAAUGACAUUGGCCUCGGACUCAGCGAGUAUGAGCCCAGCAGCUGCACCAAGGCCGGCGCCCUCAUCCUCAACACCUUCGAGAACCUUGACGCCGACGUCCUCGCCGCCCUCCGCUCUGAGUACGCUCACGUCUACACCGUCGGCCCCCUGGGCUCGCUCCUCCGGCACGGCACCGCCGCUGACGGCGACUCUAUCGACUCGACCGGCCUGAGCCUGUGGAAGCAGGACGCCGAGUGCCUGGCGUGGCUGGACACGCAGGAGCCGCGCUCCGUCGUGUACGUCAACUUCGGCAGCCACACGGUGAUGACGCCGGAGCAGCUGGCCGAGUUCGCGUGGGGCCUCGCGGCGAGCGACCACCCGUUCCUCUGGUCCAUCAGGGACGACCUCGUCCGCAGCGCCGGCCUGCCACCGGCGUUCGUGGCCGAGACCGCGGGGCGUUGCCGCGUGGCGGCGUGGUGCCCGCAGGAGCAGGUGGUGCGCCACCCGGCCGUGGGCUGCUUCCUCACGCACAACGGCUGGAACUCGACGUGCGAGAGCCUCGCCGCCGGCAUGCCGAUGGUGUGCUGGCCGGGGUUCGCAGACCAGUACAUCAACCGCAAGUACGCCUGCGACGUGUGGGGCGUCGGCGUCCGGCUGGAUGACGAGGUGAGGAGGGAGCAGGUGGCCAUGCGCGUCAGGGAGGCCAUGGGGAGCGAGGAGAUAAAGGCCAGCGCGGCGAGGUGGAAGGCUGAGGCGUUGGUGGCGAGCUGCCCCCGUGGGUCGUCGUAUGAGAACUUGCUGAGCAUGGUCAGAGCAAUGUGCAGCUCAGCCAACCCCGAAGACUGAGGAGCUACCAGAAUUGCAGUGUUAUACAAUAAAACUUCCCGUAUCGGGAAAAAAAAUCUGCAGUGCAUACUCUACGUCUCUACUGCGACCCAAUUAAAAUGUGUUAAUAUUUUAUGCACUAUCUAUAUAUACUUAAUAAUAUUAAAGUACAGUUAUUUCUUCUAA